AUGUCUUUCCUAAAACAAACACUCCUAGCAGCCCUAGCAACAACACCCUCAUUGUACCAGGGCCACUACCGCUCACGACCCGACCUCGCACCACCCCAACUAAACAUCACCAUCCCCGCCACAAACCCAAAUGGCUCCGAAUACGUCUUCAUCGCCCCAUACCCUAUGGGCGGGACCCUUGAACGGCCCGGUCCGUACAUCUACCGCAAAGACGGCGAUUUGGUGUGGGCCGGCACAGGCUACUACGCCGGGUUCGUGGCUAAUUUCCAUCCUACCACGUACCAGGGGAAACCCGUUCUCCAGGCAUUUCAGGGUAGUAUGGAUAGUGCCCAUGGUGAAGGGUUUGGUCAGCAUGUCCUGCUGGAUCAGAGUUAUCAGCACGUUGUUACCUCGACUGCCGGGAAUCAUCGUGUUUCGUCGAUUCAUGAGUUCAAUGUUAUUCAAGGAGCGACGGCUUUGAUUGAGGUCUUUUAUACGACUCCCGCGAAUUUGUCGGCUUAUGGUGGGAAUUCUUCGCAGCAGUGGUUGGGGAAUGGGAUUUUUCAAGAAAAUGAUAUUGCCACGGGAGACUUGAUUUUUGAGUGGAAUGCUUUGGAACAUGUUGAUCCGUCUGAAAGCCUAGUGACACUAGGUUCCACAAAUGCCAAUAGCGGCUUGUCUUCCGCCGAAGCAUGGGAUUACUUCCACAUCAACAGCCUCGACAAAAACGAAGAAGGAGACUACCUGCUCUCGUCCCGACACACAAGCACGAUAUUCAAGAUCAACGGCACAGACGGCUCAAUCAUCUGGCGGCUCGGCGGCAAAUACCCUAGCUUUUCACAAAUCGGCAACUGGACCUUCGGGUUCCAACACCAUGCCCGCUGGCAACCUCAACUAAGCCAACCCGGGACAGAGGUAAUCUCGUUCUUCGACAACUCCGGCGAUGGGGCUAUCACAUUUAACAAUGUGUCCCGGGCAUUAGUUGUCCAGAUCAACCACACAGAUAGCACGGCAACCAUUCUCCGCAAGGCAACGGCACCGUAUGAUCUCCAGGCACAAUCCCAGGGAAAUACGCAGCUGCUUUAUGACGACCGAAUCUUCGUCAACUGGGGAUCGGAGGGUGCUUUCACGGAAUUUGGUGCUGAUAAUGAGAUUCUGUACCACGCUUUUAUCCAGACGGGGUCGGUCAGCUACCGUGGCUUUUUGGCGAACUGGACUGGUACACCGAAGGAAAGUCCGGCACUGGUUGCACUGAAAACGGCUUCUAAUAUUGUUGAGCUUUAUGUGUCUUGGAAUGGGGAUACCGAGACUUCGGCAUGGAGAUUCUUUUAUGUUAAUGGGCAGGAGAAGACGAGGGUUGGUCAAGUGGACAGGAACUCCUUUGAGACGGUCUUUACUUGGAAUUCGACUUUUGCACUAUCUUCCUCAGCUAGAUUUGUUGCUGAGGCUGUUGGCCCAAAUGGGGAGUCUCUUGCGCGGACGAGCUUGACUGCCACCACUGUCAACAUUGACUUGCUGGAGUGA